UAACCAGCAAUCCCGGGUUCGAGUCCGGUAUGAAAAUUCUUGGUAGGGAAUGCUACAUCGGAAUGAGUCCUAUCUACUGCGAAUUCAAAUCAGUGGGACUCCAAUGCACUUACCGAACACUCAAUGAAAAACCAAAAAAAAAAAAAAAAGAAAAAUUUCCUCAUCAACCUUCCCUAUAUAUACACACCAUCUCCUCACACUCUUUUCUCAUAAUUACAAACACAUUACAACUCAAAAAAAAACUUCACAACAAAUCUCAAAAUCACUAUAAACAAAUUCAUUUCUCUUGAAAAAAAAAUCAUCUUUUUGCCAUUCCAAAACAAUGUCAACCCUUCAAUCUUCAAAUCGAAUCGAGCCACGACUAAUUAUACCAUCAACAAAACAUGAUACGAGCGAUAAUAACCCUGAUACGAUUAUUAUCGCGAAGCUAUACACGAUAAGGGAAGCUAUCACGGAUCGCGUAGAGAUGCAUAAAAAUAUUUGUGAACAAAGAUGUCAAUGGAACACUAUGCUAUUGACAUCAAUUAAUUGUAUAACACUAGCAGCUGCAACAAUUACUGCAAUUGCAAUUACUAGUACUAGUCCAAUUUUUGGACUAAAAUUAUGUUCCACAUUGAUGUACUUUGCUGUCACUUGUAUGUUAGUGUUAUUGAAUCAGUUACAGCCAUCGCAAUUAGCUGAAGAACAACGAAAUGCAUCAAGAUUGUUUCGAAAUCUACUUAACCAGAUCGAUACAACUUUAUCAAUCGGUCAACCUGUUAGUAAUAGUGGGGUGAAAAUGGCUAUGCUCAGUGUUUUGGCACUUGACAAGGCGUAUCCAUUGCCUAUUAUAGGUACAAUGCUCGAUAAAUUCCCUUAUAUAAUCGAGCCUGCUGUAUGGUGGCCUCAACAACAACGACAAACAAAUUCCAAAAUUGUACUCUAUGAUAAUCGUGAUGAUUGUGAUGGUUGGAAUGGGGAACUCGAGGAGGAAAUGAGACAAACAAAGUCCAAGAUAGUUAAUGAAAAUCGCGGUGAUUGUAAUGGUUGGAAUGGGAAACUGGAGGAGGAAAUGAGUCGAACAAAUUCCAAAAUAGUCAAUGAAAAUCGCGAUGAUUGUAAUGGUUGGAACAGGAAACUGGAGGAGGACAUGAGGGAAGUAGCGAAAAUCCUGGAGAAAAAAGACCAAGAAGAGUACAUUAGGCUAGCUACAAAGGCCUUAAAUUUAAACAAAUUCCUCGCGGUUUUGGGUCCUGUACUAACAGGAUUGGCGACAAUUGGCUCCGCUCUUGUGGGAUCUUCGCGUUCCUGGGUGGAUAUGAUUGGCGUAGUGCCGGGGGCGUUGGCGUGUAUCGUCAACACAAUGCAACAUGGUGGACAAGUUGGAAUGGUGUUUGAGAUGUAUAGAAGCAAUGCAGGUUUUUUUAAGUACAUGAAAGAGUCAAUUGAAUCAAAUUUGAUGGAAAAAGAUGUUAAUAAAAGGGAAAAUGGUGAAGUUUUUGAAAUGAAAUUAGCUUUGAAGUUGGGUAGAAGUUUGUGUGAGCUAAGGGAACUUGCUAAUUCUUAUUCUUCAUGUAAAAUAGAAGAGUUGGAUGAAUUUGCAAGCAAACUUUUUUAGUGAUUUAUUGUUCUUGUAGUAAUUUGAGAUAAAUUUAGUACUCGUAACUAUGACCAAAUUUUGCUACGACAUAGUUCAACUUCACGGGGGCCCUAUUAUCUCUGAACUAAUUUUUAGCAUAUUUUUGUCAACUUUUUUAGCUGACGUGGUACAUGGAAGUUCUCACGCGCCUCAAUUGUUUAACCUCACUCAAGGUACCACAUCAGUAAAAAAGUGUGACAAAAAUACGCUAAAAUUGAGUUAGGGGUAAUAGGACUCUCGUGAAAUUGAAGUGUGUCGUAACAACUGUGGUCAUAGUUCAAGAAUAUAUUAUUAUUCUUCAUGUAAAAUAGAAGAGCUAGAUGAAUUUGCAAGCAAACUUUUUUAGUGAUUUUUUUGAUCUUGUAGUAAUUUGAGAUAAGAAUUUAGAACCCUAACUAUGACCAAAUUCGUUAUGACACACUUUAGUUUCACGGCGGUCCUAUUACCCCUCUGAACUAAAUUUUAGCAUAUUUUUGUAAACCUUUUUAGCUGACGUGGCACAUGGAAGUUCUUCACGCACUUCGGGUGUUUAACUUCAUGCA